AUGUUGAACAGUUUGUUCAUUGUCAGCGUUACGGGGGAUGUGAUAUUGGAAAAACAUUGGAAGUCUGUUAUCCAUCGGUCUAUUUGCGAUUAUUUUUUUGAGGCUCAAAAGAAGGCGUCAUCUCCCGAAGAUGUUGCCCCAGUAAUAUCCACUCCACAUCAUUACCUCAUCAGCGUUUAUCAUAAUCAACUGUUUUUGCUGGCAGUUACUACUACAGAAACGCCACUGUUAAUGCUGAUUGAAUUUCUCCACAGAGUUAUUGACACUUUCACGGAGUAUUUCGGUGAAUGCUCUUACAACUCCAUUAACGAUAACCUUGUUACAGUUUUUGAGCUUUUGGAUGAAAUGUUAGACAAUGGAUUUCCAUUAGCAACUGAAAUGAAUGUCCUACAGGAACUUAUAAAACCACCAAAUUUCCUGCGCGCCAUUGCCAAUCAGGUGACUGGAAGGACAAAUAUUUCGGAGGUAUUGCCGACCGGUCAGUUAUCAAAUAUACCUUGGCGUCGUGCAGGUGUCAAGUAUACAAAUAACGAGGCUUAUUUUGACGUUGUGGAAGAGAUAGAUGCCAUUAUUGACAAGCAGGGUGCUACUGUGUUUUCCGAAAUUCAAGGCUACAUUGACUGUUGUUGCAAAUUAUCUGGGAUGCCUGACCUGACUAUGACUUUGGUCAAUCCACGUUUGCUUGAUGAUGUAUCUUUUCACCCUUGUAUACGUUUCAAGCGAUGGGAAAGUGAGCGUGUCCUGUCUUUUAUACCGCCUGAUGGUAGCUUUAGACUUCUAUCGUACCACAUAGGUUCGCAAAACAUGGUUGCCAUCCCAAUUUAUGUAAGGCACAACAUACAUCUCAAAAGCGGCACAUCAGGCCGUAUUGAACUGACUGUCGGUCCAAAGCAAAGCAUGGGAAAAAUUCUGGAGGAGGUGUUUCUGGAAAUGACAAUGCCCAAAGCUGUUCAGAACUGUAACCUUUUUCCAAACGUAGGGAAAUAUUCAUUUGAUCCGAGAACAAAAUUGCUUCAGUGGAAUAUUGGGAAGAUAGAACUUGGUAAACCACCAAUGAUAAAAGGAACGGUUGCUGUGAGCGGUACAGGGAAUAUCGAGUCUCCACCGAUAACUGUAAAGUUUACUAUAAAUCAGUUGGCUGUCUCGGGCAUGAAAGUUAAUCGAUUGGAUAUGUAUGGUGAAAAAUAUAAGCCUUUUAAAGGUGUUAAAUAUAUCACCAAAGCUGGUAAAUUUCAAGUGCGGACGUAA